AAUCCGCCCGACCCGGACGCAUCGCCCUAAAAAGUGGUUUCUAGGGUUUCUCCUUGUACUCCCCUCGUUGCAGCUCCCUUGCCUGUGUGCUAGAGUGCCUCCGAGCAACCAAACAUGACUAAGAGAACGAAGAAGGCAGGCAUUGUUGGAAAGUAUGGUACCAGGUAUGGUGCUAGUCUGCGGAAGCAGAUUAAGAAGAUGGAAGUUAGUCAACAUAGUAAAUAUUUCUGUGAAUUUUGUGGGAAGUAUGCUGUGAAGAGGAAGGCUGUAGGAAUAUGGGGCUGUAAGGAUUGUGGUAAAGUAAAGGCAGGUGGUGCUUACACUUUGAAUACUGCAAGUGCUGUGACUGUGAGGAGUACCAUUCGAAGGUUGAGGGAACAAACUGAGAGUUGAGCUCUUGGUGCAUGCUAGUUUAUGAGCAAUUAGACGAGAGGUGGUUCAUGUUCAGAGCACUAUGUUGUUUCUUGAUUAUCAACUUUUGCCUGAGAUUCUAGCCUGAUAAUGCCAUUUUAAUUUAAUUGUUGGGAACACUGAUUUUAAAAUCAAUGCUGCAUUUUAGUGUUU